AUGACGCAUCAUCUUGACGGGCGGCUCCUCACAGAAGAAGACGAUGAAACAACAAACAUCUUCACAUACCUCGUCGAGGUCCCCCAAGCGCGAGAUCCACGCGUGACCGCGCCUGAGAGCCCGGUGUUGGCACCCCCGCGGCCGCCGUCGAAAGGCCCACUGCCAGGGCAUGUACACAGCCUCAUGAACAUGCAGGAUUCGCCUGCCCACGGUGUGUUGGGGCAGUUGACGCAGGACCCCGGAGGUGCACGCCGCGUGCAGCGCGCUGUUGAGGCACUUAGCUCGAAAUGGCUCGAUGAAAAUGAUGAGACCCGCUUGACGGUGGUGAUGGUGGAGCGGCGGUGA